AUGCCCACCCCGGAAUCCGCCGCCUUCCUCGCCAAAAAGCCCACCGUAACCCCCAGCUACGACGGCGUCGACUUCGAAGACACCGCCGCGCUCCACAACGCGCGCGACGCCAUCAUCCGCGAGCAAUGGGUGCGCAGCAUGAUGGCACGGCUGGUCGGGGAGGAGCUGGGCAAGUGCUACCGGCGUGAGGGCGUGAAUCAUCUGGAGAAGUGCGGGAUGUUGAGGGACCGAUAUUUCGAGCUUCUGAAGGAGGCGAAGAUAAAGGGGUAUAUGUUCCAGGAGAAGAAUUACGUCUCGAAAUCGGCGCCGUCGUGA